GGCGCUAGCUGGGGCCCCGCCCCCCUCCGGUUCCAUGCUGGGUAUGAGUCUAAAGGAUGCUUGCCGCCAUCGUUCCCCUCCCUCUUCGGUGCUUUGACUCCCUUCACAAAGGCAUGGCGUGCACUUUAUAAAAUGCAAAAUGUGCUGUGCGGGUUCGUGUGCACAGAUAGCUUCUUUCCUGCCCCUGUUCCUCAGCCCUUGAACUCAACCAAGCCCUUUCACUCCCUGCCACUACAGCUCAGGAUCUCAAGACUGGAUGCACGUGGGCUCGCUUGGAGAGAUGUGGUCUGUUUGGAUCACUCAAAGAGAUUCUGGUGAGUUGAUAUGGCCGUGUAGCAGCUGGACUCAAAGGCAGGGUCUGACCGUUGUCAAAAUCCAUCCAAGCAACAAUUGCCAACAGUUCUUGCUUAAUUAAAGCAAACUUACAAGGUAUGCUUACAACAAGGACUUAUUUUAGCAUUCUUAACAGUCUUAAGCUGUUCUCUGUUUUUAGCCAUGUACACUCCGGGAGAAUUGGGUCACUGUCAUUUUCACACCAUUGUAAAUAUGAAAACUUGUAAGGGGAACCAUUAUACACAAAAGCCCUUCUGUAAUUCCAUUAGCAAGUCAUGUCGAUGCUAUUAGCAAAUACACACUGCCUGUCUCCUCUCCGUUACCAUUGCUGUUUGUUACCUUUACCCACGUCAUCAUUUCUCAGUCAAAGAAGCCGAACUGCUUUGACCUUUAAAAUUGCUCCCCUUCCAGCCAUUUCCCAUGUAGCUAAAGUGGCUUUAAAACAUAAAGUGAAACAUGCCCUUCUGCUACUUUAAAUACUUCCCCACAUGGCACACCUUCCCGUGCCUAUGAGACCUCCUGUGAUUAGAAGUCUGUUUUUCUCACUUACUUUGGACUAUUUUCCCCUUUGCCCACUAUGCUCUAUGGCUUUUCAAUUUUUCAUAUGCAUAGUCAACUAUAAUACAUAUACAGUUCAAAUACAAUAGACAUAUACAAUGCAAAUGUAAUAGACAUGCUCAAAAAUAUUUUCAUGUGUAUUUUUUAAUGUGCCAGGUACCUACUAGACCAGAAAGGAAAAGAGUAUCCCCUUGAAGUCUUUUUCCUAGUGGGAAGAACAAGCAAUAAGCAGUGAAGUAAAUAAAUACUAUUGUUGUUUGGGGACCGGGUCUCACAGAGUUGAGGCUGGGCUCAAACUUGCUUUGUGUGUGAGAAUCGCCUUGACUUCCUGAUCCUCUUGCUUCCACCUUGCUGUGCUGGGACCUCAGGUGUGAGCUGGGACCACAGAACAUCAACUCUCAGAGUAUGGAAGAGUGGGCCUGAGACCCUUCAGGAAACCCGUGAGCACAAAACUGCAGUCUUACACUGUGGAACAACUUUGUAUCCUGGUGACAUGGUAACCAGCUCUGCAAGUGUCCUGUGAUGUUUACCCAAUAACUAGCCACCAAACGCAGUUCUCAGCCAUGUCCUUGUCACAAAAAUGGCACUCAGCAUUGUCAUGAAGAUACCAAGAAGGCCUUGUCAUUUGCCCUCUUUUGUCUUUUCUCAUUGGUGUUCUAGAGUUUUCCAGAAUUCAUAGAACUUGUGUCAUAUAUAUAUCCAAAUAUAGCUGUCUCCUGGCUAACCCAGAUGUUAAGAGACUUGAAAACAUAUGCAAUACCUCACUUGCUGUGAAGCUUUUGUUUCAAGUUAUUUUUCAUAAAAUGAUAUUCCCAUGAAUAACAUGCUCAAUUACUUUUUACAUUUAAAAUGAUUUUUAAAAUCUAUUGAAUAACUUGAAAAAAUCUUUAGCUGUAUAAGUAGUUAUAUAUGUUAUAAACAAAAGCUCUUUGGGUAAUUAAUUUUAUAUACAUUUUUUAAGGGAGAGAAUCUCACCAUGUUUUCCAGACUCUGAUCUCCUGGGUUUAUUGACCCUCUUGCCUCAGCUUCUGAAAUACCUGGGACUGCAGGAGAUGCCAUACUGCUUGGUGACAAGAAUUUUUAGGUGGAGAAAGGUCCUGAGAUUAAACUGAGGAUCUCAGUAAACACUGGCUAGCAAUGGGUUUGGAAGAAGACAAUGAAAGGUUGCUAAGGGGUAGACGCCACAUUCUUUGAGGUAGAAGGUUAGGAUUAUGAUCCUUCUCAGUUUUUUGUCCAUCUCUGAAAACGUGAUUUCCAGGGAAUUGUGGAGGUUAUCUUUCCCCACUUGAAUGAGAGAUAGAGUACAAUGCACACUAGAUUAAAAAUAUGAAGUUAAAUAAGCAUGUAAUGUACUUAAAAUAUUAAGCAGUCAAAAUGUAAGCUCGAAAAUUAAUCUUAAUAUUGGUCUCUCUCACCAAUCAUUCAUACCUGUGAAAGGCCGCCAGGAGCGGAGCCGCGGGCAGCGCAGGCCGGGCCGCAUCCCCGUCCCCGCGCCAGCCGCCCGCGCCCGCCAUGCGCGCCCCGCAGCGGCCCGCGCGCCCGGUCCCCGCGUCGUAGUGCGGCGGGCGGAGACCGCAGGCUCCCAGCCCGGGCCCGCCGUGUCCUCGAGCCCGAUCGGCAUUGCUGCCCGCCGCCGGCGCCCGGUGCCGCCGCCGGUUGUGGUGGCGCAGGCCGGUAGGAUUUGCUGAAGGAGGCGGAGGCAGGAGGAUCACGAGUUCGAGGCCAGCCUGGGCUAAGAUCCGGAAGUCACCUCGACUCGCAGGACCCACGGGCCUGAAGAAGAGGACGCAGCCCCGUCCCCCAUUGCCGGCCGCCUCCGCGGCCGCCGGGAUGGCCCCCCUAAUGAGUCCAGGGCCUUCCCGCUCAGAGAGGGGCCGAAUUGUUAGUUGCAGUACUGGCCCUUUUCAGCCUCAGACCUCUAUAAUUAGAAACAACAUAAUCCCCCUUUCUCUAGGGAUCCUGUUGCCUUGACCGGCCUAAUUGAGUCCAUCCUAGUGACUCACAGGCCGACUUGGGACGACUGUCAGCAGCUCCUGCAGACCCUCUUAACAGUAGAGGAGAAGCAGAGAGUUUUCCUGGAGGCCCGGAAGCAGGUUCCGGGCGAUGACGGGAGGCCAACCCAACUCCCAAAUAUCAUCGAUGCAGCUUUUCCCUUGACCCGCCCAAACUGGGACUUCAAUACACCUGAAGGUAGGGAGCAUCUACGUCUCUAUCGCCAGUUGCUCUUAGCGAGUCUCCGAGUGGCCGCCAGAAGGCCUACCAAUUUGGCUCAGGUAAGGAAUGUGAUACAGGGAAAGGAAGAAACACCCGCUGCAUUUUUAGAGAGGCUGAAGGAGGCUUAUAGGAUGUACACUCCGUAUGAUCCAGAAGACCCAGGGCAAGCACCAGGUGUCAUCCUAUCAUUUAUCUAUCAGUCUAGCCCAGAUAUCAGAACCAAAUUGCAGCGGCUGGAAGGUUUCGCUAGGUUUGCCAGACUUAUUGAAGGAAGCAGAGAAAGUGUUCAAUAAGAGAGAAACUCCUGAGGAGCGUGAGGAAAGGGAUAAGAAACAGCAUAGGGAGAUGAAAAAGGUUUUGGCCGCCGUUGUGUCUCAGGGACAGCAGAGAGAGGGAGAUAGGUCGGGAGAGCGAAGGAGGCCACCCCUUGAUAAAGAUCAAUGUGCUUACUGCAAGGAGAAGGGACACUGGGCCUGAGAGUGCCCCAAGAAGCCACAAGGACCCCGCCGGCCCAAGCCCAAGACAGUAGACCUACCUGGGCUACACCCUGAGCGGGGGGCACUGCUCCAGUCCUCGGAACCCCCACCAGGUUCGAGAGUUCCUGGGUACGGCUGGGUACUGCCGCCUUUGGAUUCCUGGCUUUGCCGAACUGGCAGCCCCAUUGUAAACCAGGGGCCAUGUUAAGCGUUCCAACAGAUCAAGAAGGCCUUACUCGAGGCCCCGGCUCUGGGUCUGCCAGAUCUAACCAAGCCCUUUGAGCUGUUUGUGGAUGAGAACUCAGGUUUUGCCAAAGGGGUACUGGUGCAAGACUGGGACAUUGGAGGAGACCUGUAGCGUACUUGUCCAAAAUUGGACCCGGUGGCUACAGGAUGGCCAUCAUGCCUCCGCAUGGUGGCAGCCAUUGCCGUAUUACUCAAGGAUGCCGGGAAGCUGACUCUGGGACAGCCGUUGACUGUGCUGGCCUCCCAUGCAGUGGAGGCCUUGGUCCGACAACCACCGGACAGAUGGCUUUCCUACGCCAGAAUGACUUACUAUCAGGCCUUACUACUGGACUCAGACCGGGUAAAUUUUGGGCCGACAGUUUCCCUUAACCCUGCUACCUUGCUGCCACUGCCUAGCCCCUCCGAGGAGCAUGACUGCCUCCAGAUUCUAGCCGAAGCACCUGGACCUGGCACCCGCCCUGAUCUGAAGGAUCCAGACGCUGUCUGGUACACAGAUGGGAGCAGUUUCCUGGAGGAGGGGGAACGCAGAGCCGGGGCAGCUAUAACCACCGAAUCGGAAGUGGUAUGGGCAUCGUCACUCCCGCCCGGGACAUCGGCCCAGCGUGCAGAACUGAUUGCGCUCACCCAAGCUCUCCGGAUGGCAGAAGGUAAGAAGCUCACAGUUUAUAAUGACAGCAGAUAUGCCUUCGCCACUGCGCAUGUCCACGGGGAAAUCUACAGACGGAGAGGCCUGCUGCCGUCCGCGGGUAAGGAAAUCCCAUACAAGAACCACAGAAAGAAAAUGGGGGCGGACUGGGAACAAGGAAGACAAGCAUAUAUACUAGGAGGACCGGAUGGUCAUGCCAACCUCCCAUACCCGAUAUAUGCUGAGAUUCCUCCAUGCAUUGACCCAUUUGAGCAAAAACAAGAUGAAAACCCUAUUGGACAGAGAAAACACCUGGGCAGUGCUGCUGAACCAGGAUCAGGUACUCCAGCAGGUAACUUCUACCUGCCCAGCCUGUGCUCAAGUCAACGCAGGAAAGGUUCAUCUAAACAAGGGGUAUGGGAUGCCUCAAAUAUUGGGGUCGGAUAACGGGCCUGCCUUCGUCUCCCAGGUAAGUCAGCAGGUGGCCAAACUAUUGGGGGUUGAUUGGAAACUCCAUUGUGCAUACUGCCCCCAGAGCUCAGGACAGGUAGAACGAGCUAAUAGAACAAUCAAGGAGACUUUAACCAAAUUAACACUUGCAACUGGCACUAGAGAUUGGGUGCUCCUACUUCCCUUGGCUCUCUACCGAGCCCGAAAUACUCCUGGCCCACACGGCCUAACCCCUUUUGAGACCAUGUAUGGGGCCCCACCUCCUGUUGUAAACUUUCUCCAUCCUGAUAUUUCAUCUUUUGCCACCACCCCUACUUUAGAGGCACAUCUUCAAGCCCUCCAACUGGUGCAGAGGGAGAUCUGGAAGCCCCUGGCCAAGGCUUAUCAGGAGCAGCUAGACAAGCCGGUGGUGCCCCACCCCUUCCAGAUCGGGGACUCCGUUUGGGUCCGACGACACCAGACCAAGAAUCUGGAACCACGGUGGAAGGGGCCCUACACUGUCUUGCUGACCACCCCCACUGCACUCAAGGUCGACGGGACGUCUGCCCCCGGGAUGGUAGGGGCAGAAAGAUGAUUAGCCUCAUUAGGGUAAAAAGGACUACCCAAGGAGAAAGCCACUCAUGGCGUCCCCUUACCCAAGAGCGUUGUUGGGGAACUGUCACGUCAGGAAGAGGUAACACUUACUGGAAGGGGGGGGGGCCCUGUGUAAAUUCCACCUGCAACCCCCUAAAAAUAAGGGAACACGUUUCUACUGUUCAGACCUUGGUAUUGACCCAACAAUGCCAACGACUCAACCAGGUGGAAAUGGAGCCACAUCCCUAUUCUUCCCCAUGAAUGGAGGAUUCCAUUCCCUGAGAUAAGAAAAUGGGGGAAUGAAAGGCCGCCAGGAGCGGAGCCGCGGGCAGCGCAGGCCGGGCCGCAUCCCCGUCCCCGCGCCAGCCGCCCGCGCCCGCCAUGCG